CAUGUUUUCACGACGCCUCGCAUCGCGCCUGUCGUCCCUGGGCACCUCGAAUCUGAGCCGCCCUCUGUCGACAAGUGCAAUCGCCGCUGCCUCGAAGAGAGCACCCUCGCUCUCCGAUGUCGAGCCCAACAAGGGUCAUCUGUUCGAUCAGAACUCACAAAAGUUCCGCGACGACCUGGCCGCUGCCCAGAAGAAGCGUGAGCAGCAAGAGACACGCGAUCAAUCAGAAGAUGGCAAGAAGGGCGGUCGUCUCUCCAAUCUGCUCUACGGCACCCAAGAGGGUCGCGAGAUGGACAAGGAGAUUGAGCGCAGCUUCAGUCAGGUCCUCGCUCGAGGAAAGUACGUCCACAGCAUUGUCUUGCACGACGUGAAGCCCGACAAGGUCGACGAGUACGUUGAGCUUGUCGGUACCUGGUACCCUCGUAUGGCCAACAUGCCUGAGAAUAAGGUUCAUCUGGUGGGAAGUUGGCGAACAGAGGUCGGCGACUGCGACACCUUCGGUUUGUCUUAUCUGAAUGCUCGUCUUGUCUUGGAGUUCUUGCUGAUUGAUAAUUCACAGNUUCACAUCUGGGAGUACCAACGUUACGAAGGAUACCACGCUUCGCUGCACGCCAUCCAGCAUCACCCGGAAUUCCCGGAAUUCGACCGCAAGCUCAAGUCGUUGAUCAACUCANAAAAGACAUCUUUGAUGCAAGAAUUCUCAUUCUGGCCCACAACUGCUCCUCGCAAGCUUGGUGGUGUCUUCGAGCUUCGUUCAUACACCUUGCACCCUGGCAACCUCUUGGAGUGGGAGACGCACUGGCGCACUGGUCUGCGUGCUAGAAAAGAGGUCAUGGAAGGUGUGGGUGCUUGGUUCGUGCAGAUUGGAGACCUCAAUACUGUCCACCACCUGUGGCAAUUCGCCGACCUCGAGGAAAGACGUUCGCGCAGAGAGCAGAGCUGGAGCGUGUCUGGCUGGGGUGAAACUGUGCACAAGACUGUCCCCUUAAUCCAAUCGAUGAAGAGCAGAAUCUUGGUGCCCAUGCCGUGGAGCCCUGUCGCA